UGGCAUUCGUCUUCGCUUAAAUGUACACAAACAAUCAUUUAAACAGCGAAAGUUAAUAAGAUUUCAAUUAUUCACAAUCGUUCCAGUAAAAUUAUUUAUUUUAAUUAUACCCAUAGAAAAUAUACUCUACUGAUUUUAAAUUUAUUAUCUUCUCUAAUACAAAGAAGUUUUCUAUACACCGCAAAUGUCAUGCGGAAAGCCAGAGUUUAUUUCACAUAUUAAGGGGAAUCCAACUUAUAGUAAUAAAGACGCUCAUGAUUCAUCAGCGUCUAAAGAUCAAGAUUUUUGUUGCACUGUUUGUGAAAGAAAAUUUCCAGAACUAAUAGAUUUGCAGCGCCAUUAUGUGAAGCACAUCGUCAAUAAACCUUAUCAAUGUACACAGUGCGAAAAAAGUUUCUUUUCUAAAACCAAUUUAGAAAAGCAUACAGCUUUGCAUUCUGCUGAUAAAUUGUAUUCUUGUGAUAUAUGUCAUAAACACCAUUUUUCUAAAUUUCGUCAUAAGAAUCAUCUUCGAAAACACAUAUUUAAAAAUCUUGUUUGCAAUGCUUGCUUCCAUGUAUUUUCUGAUAGAGAAUUAUUAAAUAAACAUGAAAAAACUCAUACAGAAUUGACAGAAGGAAGCUUCUGUUAUUUCUGCAUCCUUUGUGAUUCACAGUUCAUCAACAGACGAGAUUUAGAAAACCAUUUGAAUUCACAUGAAAAAGUGAAACCUUAUACAUGUAAAGUUUGUCGUCAAGAAUUCUUUUUCAGUUACCUCUGGUUUAAACAUGCUUCAGCUCAUACAGACAAAGAAGUGUGUAAUUUGUGUUCUGCUAGCUUUUCUAACAAACCUUUAUUGUCAGAUCAUGAAAAAAUGCAUAUGAAAAUUGUUCCAAAUGCAGAAAAUGCAUUAUGUUAUGCUUGUGAAAUUUGUAACAUCACUUUUUCUGUGAAAAUCUUUCUUGAAGACCAUUAUAAUAACUCCCAUGUUGGUAAAAGACUACAUACGUGUAAAAUAUGUAAUAAAAGUUUCUUCUUUUUUCAUCUUUUACAAAAUCAUAAGCUUACUCAUAAAAAGGAAUAUCCUUUUCAAUGUAAUAUAUGUUUAAAAUCCUAUAGAUUCAAAUCUGAGCUGACAAAACACUGUGAUUUGCACCUGAAGGGAAAACAGUAUCAUUGUCCUUUAUGUGAAAAAAAGUUUUCAACAAAAUGGUUACUGAGACAGCACAGUGUUGUUCACUCUGAUCAGAAACCUUACUGUUGUGACUUGUGUGGUUUGAAAUUUGGCCGUAAAGAUAACUUAGAAAGGCAUUAUUUAGUCCACGCAACUGAAAAGCCCUUUAAAUGCAUUGAGUGUGAAUCUUCUUUUGUGCGGGAAAAAGAUUUAGACAAGCAUUAUGAAAAUUUCAACUCUUCUAAACAUAAAUGUGAAUCAUGUGAAAAAUGCUUCUGCUCACAAACAUUUCUUUUAAGACAUAUGCGCCGAUUGCACCCUGAAGUGAAAGAUAACUAUAUUUGUGAUUUUUGUGGUAAAGUGUUUAAGUACCAGACAAGUUUCAUUAGACAUUAUAAAUUACAUACCGGUGACAAACCAUUUAAAUGCCAAUUUUGUAGUAAAUCUUAUAUCCAAAUGAAAAAUCUUGUACAGCAUCAUACAUAUCAUCACAAUGACCGAGAACUGAACUUUCCUCAUAAAUGUGAAAUUUGUGGUAAAGGUUACCUUUUACAAAAGAAGCUUGAUAUGCAUUACUCAAAACAUCAUUCUGAAAUUCAAUUGGAAAUUGAUUUUAUUCCAGUAGAAAGUUUAAUAACUUAUAUACCAUAAGUGUAUAUAUAAACUAAUAUUUA